CUCCCGCAGGUGGGCUGCUUUGAUCCCUACAGCGACGACCCGCGCCUGGGCGUGCAGAAGAUCGCUCUCUGCAAGUACACAGCCAAGAUGGUGGUGGCCGGCACGGCUGGGGCAGGUAGGGUGCUGGUGAUGGAGCUGAGCGACGAGAAGUCGGAGCACGCGGUCAGCGUGGCCACAGUGGACCUGCUGCAGGACCGCGAGGGCUUCACCUGGAAGGGCCAUGACCGGCUGUCCCCCAGGAACGGGCCCUUGCCCUUCGCCCCUGGCUUCCAGCCCAGCGUGCUGGUGCAGUGCGUGCCCCCCGCCGCCGUCACCGCCGUCACCCUCCAUUCCGAGUGGAACCUCGUGGCCUUCGGCACCAGUCACGGCUUCGGACUCUUCGACUAUUACCGGCGCAACCCCGUGCUGGCCAGGUAUGCCGCCCACCACGGCCCCACGAUGUGGGCAGGGACCAAUUCUGGCUCAGUGUUCGCCUACGCCCUGGAGGUGCCAUCGCAGGAGAAGUUUUCGGAGCGGGCGGUGGAGGCGGUGCUGGGGAAGGAAAUCCAGCUGAUGCACCGGGCACCGGUGGUGGCCAUCGCGGUGCUGGACGGACGGGGCAACCCCCUUCCUGAGCCCUACGAGGUCUCACGGGACCUGGCCAAGGCCCCCGACAUGCAGGGCAGCCACUCCAUGCUCAUCUCCUCCGAGGAGCAGUUCAAGGUCUUCACGCUGCCCAAAGUGAGCGCCAAGACCAAGUUCAAGCUGACGGCGCACGAGGGCUGCCGGGUGCGGAAGGUGGCUCCGGGGGACAUCAGCGGCAUCGCCUCCUGCGUCUUCACCAAGCACGGCCAGGGUUUCUACCUAAUUUCGCCCUCCGAGUUCGAGCGCUUCUCGCUGAGCGCCAGGAACGUGACAGAGCCAUUGUGCCGGCUGGAG